GCGGUCUGUGUUGUUAACCAGCCAAGGACUAUUUCAUGACCCCUAGCUGAGCCCUCGCGAUCUAUCCUCUCCAGAUGGCAAAUCCUGUUAACGGAGAAAUGUCGCAAGAGGAGGCUUUCGCUGUCUGCGGCGGGAAGCAGUCUAGGAAGGAGAAGCGUAAGGUUCUGAAGAAGCUAAAAAGGAAGCAGGCUCGGAGGAUAGCUGCGAUUAGGGAGAGGGAGAUGGCGGAAUUCCUCUUAAACGAUCCGGAGGAGCAGUUAUUGCUCAGAUUACGGGAGCAGGAGGAGGCAGAUAAUGCUGAGAAGGAGAGGAGGGAGUAUGAGGAGCGGGAAAGGGUAUGGCUUGAGGCUGCCGCCGCAAGGAAGUCUCGUGAGGAAGAGGAUGAGCGACGGAAAAAACUCCUUCAGGAGGAAGAGAGGAAGCAGAAUGAACAUGACUAUGGGGCAGAAGGUGAUGUUGAGCAUGAGUAUGUUGAUGAAGGGCCGGCGGAGAUCAUUUGGCAAGGAAAUGAGAUUAUUGUUAAGAAAAGAAGGGUUAAGGUUGCAAAGAAAAUUGUGGAACAAAUUCCAGAUAAAGAGGAUGAUGACAGACCCACAUCAAAUACUCUUCCUCCUCAAUCUGCUACUUUUGCAUCAUAUGUACAGGGUGAAACAAUUACUGCACAAGAAAUCAUUGAUAGCGUUGCACAGAAGAUUCCAAAUUUUGGUACUGAACAAGAUAAGGCUCAUUGCCCUUUCCACUUGAAGACUGGAGCCUGCCGUUUUGGAUCUCGUUGCAGUAGAGUUCAUUUUUAUCCUGAGAAGUCCUCCACAUUGCUCAUAAAAAACAUGUAUAAUGGUCCUGGUCUUACUUGUGAACAAGAUGAGGGGCUUGAGUAUACAGAUGAAGAGGUUGAUCAUUCUUAUGAAGAAUUUUAUGAGGAUGUGCAUACAGAAUUCUUGAAGUUUGGUGAAAUUGUUAAUUUUAAGGUUUGCAAGAACAGUUCCUAUCAUCUACGAGGAAAUUUAUACGUGCACUAUAAAUCCCUUGAGUCUGCAAUUCUUGCCUUCAAUACCAUGAAUGCUCGUUAUUAUGGUGGAAAACAGAUCAUUUGUGAAUUUGUUGGUGUGACAAGAUGGAAGGUUGCCAUUUGUGGCGAAUACAUGAAAACAAGGCUAAAGACCUGCUCACAUGGAAGUGCCUGCAAUUUCAUACAUUGCUUCCGCAAUCCUGGUGGAGAUUAUGAGUGGGCUGAUUGGGAUAACCCUCCUCCUACAUACUGGAUCAAGAGGAUGAUUUUCUUAUUCGGUACUUCAGUGGAGUCGGGCUAUGGCAAGGAAUUGGAUUCAGAGGAUUAUAAGAGGCAUAGAGAACAAGAAAGGAUGAGGAAACCCAAAAACUACAGGCAUCAAUCGGAAAGGUUUCAUUAUAAAGAGAUGGAUUUAAACAAUAGCAGUUCUGAUGGAGAAGAAUUGAAUUCAAAGAAGCUUCAGCAAACCAGAUAUUCAACUAAAAGAGAUCGAUCCAUUAAAAGGAGAGGACGCCUUGUUUCAGAAAAUAAGAAUGAGCUGCUUUCAGAGAACCAUAGAUCAGAAGAGCGUUUUCAUUCAAAAAGCUUCUUUUCUCACUGUGAUGAUGCUGGUGAAUGUACUUCCAAGGAAGCAAUUGAAGGAUCGAUCAAGAAGCAUAGAAGAUAUGUUUCAAAAACGCCAGAACAUGAUAGAAGAGAUGAGAGUGAAAACAGAUCCUCAUCAAGUAGGAGAAAGAUCAAGUUGUUAUAUUCAGAUGAGAAGGAGAAUUCUGAGCCCAAAUCCCACAAGAAACAAAAAAAAAAUCAGGUGAAGGAUCGGCAUUUGGAGAAUUCAGACUGGGAUUCCUUUAGAUCUAAGGAUCAGUUCAAUGAGGAAUGUAUUUCCGAGGAUCCUGAUUCAGAGAAAGAUUCUGAUGGGGUUAGAUAUCAUUACAGCAAAAGAAGAAAAUAUGAUAAACAUAGAAGCCACCGUUCACAUAAACAUCGAUAUAUUACUGACAAAGUCAGAAAAGGUGGCGAGGAAAGUGAUGGAUCUCCUGGUCGCUGGAAAGUCUCCGAGGAAGAUUUUUCUCGCUGAAGAAACUUAACUGAAGUAGAAAGCAGUAGAGGUCAGGUGUUUUCUUUUCUAGGUGCCCAGCAAUGUAAUUGAAAGCAUUUUGAAAACUUUGGUGUUUGGACUGACUUUUCGGUGGUUUUCUCUUGCUUUCUGGGUCUAAUAGGGCUUCUUUGGAUUAAUACGCUGUUGCUUUGAUGAUGUUUGUAUUAGUAGUAGAGAUUAGUUGUUUGAUCUGAUAAUAUUUUUAGAUGUACAUAUUUUUUUAAAAAAUA